GUUUUGAGUUGGUCUCUUGUUCUUGUCGCUACAGAAGCUAUGGUGAGAAGACAUGGCUUGCAACUUCCCGCUGACACUCUUCAGGUGAUUGCAGUUACGGUGUUUUGCUUGUUGGUGGUCGCUUACUAUGCUUUCUUUGCUCCUUUUGCUGGAGGACGCGUUUGGGAAUACGUUUUGAUCGGUGUUUACUCUCCGGUGGCUCUUCUUGUUUUCGUUCUGUAUGUUCGGUGUACUGCUAUUAAUCCUGCGGAUCCAAGAAUCAUGUCGAUAUUUGAGUUGCCUCAUCCCUUAUCAGCCAGAGAUAUCUCAAGGAGUUUUAAUGAAACUGGAAGUCAGUUUCAGUCUUCUCCUUCAGGUGUCUCCAGGAGUUUUACCUUAGCAGCAAACUCUACUGUUAAAGGCUCUCUAGGAGAUGCUGAAAGAGUGGACUCUGUUCCUAGAAAAUCUUGCUAUAAUCCUCUGGCUAUCUUCUGUUGUGUGUUUGUUCUUGAAGACUGCUGGAAACAGGAGAGUAGCAGAGUGGGUCUAUAUUGCUCAAUUUGCAAUUCUGAGGUAAGUAACUCCAGCAAGCAUUGUAGGAGCUGUGAUAAAUGUGUUGAUGGUUUUGAUCACCAUUGCAAGUGGCUUAACAAUUGUGUUGGUCGCAAAAACUACAUGACUUUUGUCUCUCUGAUAACUGCCACCCUUCUUUGGCUCAUUAUUGAAGCAGCAGUGGGCGUUGCAGUUAUUGUUCGUGUAUUUGUUGAUAAGAAGAGAAUGGAGAUUGAAACUGUCAAUAGACUAGGGAAUAGCUUCUCUAGAGCACCUCUUGCUGCAGUUGUUGGUCUUUGCACUGUUGUUACCAUUCCAGCGUGUUAUCAUCUGGGCCAACUUCUCUUUUUCCACAUGUUGCUCAUCAAAAAGGGACUUACAACAUAUGAUUAUCUUCUGGCGAUGAGAGCCAUGAGUGACGCACCAGCUGGAGCCGCAUCUGUUGACGAGGAGGAGCUUCAGAGUGUGCUCUAUUCUCUCAACGGAUCUGCCACAACCGGCUUUAGUGGUGGAAGCUCUCUCGGUCUAUCAUACAACUGGUGCACUCCACCUAGAGUGUUUGAUAAUCAGGAUGAAGUCAUUCCCCAACUAGACUCUCGCAUGGUCCUGUCAGAUGCAGCGGAGAGAGGCAUCAAGGCUCCCAAAAGAUCCGUCAAACGCAGUGCAUGGAAGCUAGCAAAGCUGGACGCAAAUGAAGCUGCAAGGGUAGCUGCUAGAGCCAGAGCAUCUUCAUCUGUCAUGAGACCAAUAGACAAACCACAUUUGCCUGAUAAUGAACUUAGCUCAGUUGGCUCUGGCAGUACAGAUGCUAAUGUGGCUGCAAGGAAAGAGAUACAGAACAAUGAUUUAAAGUCAUCUCUCUCUAGAAACGCGUUUGCUGCUCCAAGCCAAAGUAGCAGGGAUGAGUAUGACACUAGGAGCCAUGGCAUGAGCAAUUUCAGCAGUGCAAGCCAUGUUCACCAGUCAGUCACACUUGCUCCUCUCCCUCAAUAUUCUACAGUAAGAGGCCACCGCUUCUCUGCAACAACAACCCAUCACAUGCAUUCAAGGCUUGAUGAAAAGGUGCUGCACAGAAGAAACAACACUGAUCUCUCUGUACCUUCAACUAGUCUUCUGAGAGAUGUGAGAAAGACAUCAGUUGUUUGGGAUCCUGAAGCUGGGAGAUACGUAUCAGCAGCUCCAGUAACAACAAUGCCUGAAGCUCGCAAUAGAUUACCAGAUCCUACCUCACAAAUAACCCACACUAGGAAUCCAAGACCCAUUCUCCCACCGCAACAAGCCGAGAGAAGACUGAUAUAUACAGGUGACUCUAUCUUCUUUGGAGGACCUCUGGUUAAUAUCCCGACUAGGAAUAACCCUAGAAGUGAAGGGAGCAUAGUAAGAGAGGGACAAGACAGAUUGGCAUCAACACUUCAUCAAGAUGCAAGAUAUAGAAGGGAUUCAACCUCAAACCAGCUUCCAGUGUUUGCCCCUGGGCUUUGA